AUGAAUCAAGCGCGCACCGGUCAUGGGGAGGAUGAUAAGGAAGAGGAGGAACCGCGAGACGCAAGUGCCGAAACGCUCACGUUUUUCAGCGAGCUCAAGCGUGCUGGAGAGCUCACUGACGAGGAUGUCAUCGAGCGCUGCAAUUUCCUUAUGCGGCAUGCGCCUCCGAAUAACUACCUGGGCCUGAGGAUCAAAGGCAAAUUCGUCCAACUGAUCAAGCGCCUCGAGAUGAUCGAGGCCGCCGCGCGAGACUUUUUCCCUGAAGACUGGAUGACCUGCACUAUUGUCAACGAUCUGUUCAAGUUAUGGCCAUUGCUGUCGUUCAUGCAGGGCAUUGGCACGCUCCAUCAAGUCGACGGUCGCGCGAUCGACCUUGGUCGAAAGAUUAUGCAUCUGCUUGACGAACUGAGCAAGACGUAUCCGGCGCUCGCGAAGCUGCUUGAUCCUCCAACCGUUAUCUCCAACCUGCAGGCUAUGAAAGUUAACCCGGCCAAAGUUGUCAUUCCGGCUGGACUUGCCUUUGGAAAUGUGCCUGCUUACGUCAUCGGACACCUCCGUGCUACGCUCGCCCCUAUCCUGCUGCCUGGCGUCGUCCCGCAGUUUCAUUAUUUUAAUGCUCCCAUGCAAAACCUCUAA